AUGUUGUCUCAAACCGCCCUGAGACUCGUGAAACCUUCAUCUAUCAGAACUACCUACUGUUCCCAAAGCAUCGAAUCGAACCACAUCUUAGCACGUGAUCCCCCGCUGCGAUCCUGCGCAACAGCAGCCCCUCCCCGCCCCCGUUGCCCCUCUUCUCCCAUGGAAAACCCCGCGUCCCGCCCGAAUAUUCAGUCAUUGGGCGCCCCGCGACGCACCAAGCAGCAUCUCACUGAAGCCAUCGUCGAAAUGGUCGACUCACCAGCGUCUCAAGAUCACCAAAACGCUGCAUUGGGUGACGAAUCGUUCACAAACGUAUGUUGUCAUGGCUUCAACGCGUACAACCAUCUAAUCACUUUUGCAACAGGAGGUCAGUUUCUUUUCCAGAUGGUAAAAAACAGCAGGACUAAGGAUGAUUGUUGUGCAUUAGGAUGUGAGUAG